CGGGUUAGUGCGGCGCGCUGUUCGGCUAGACGUGGGGCAGGUCGGCACUCGGCAGCGCGGCGGGCUCCGCGUUGCAUAAUGCGCAUCGCGCUCUGCCGGCAAGCACGGCGAGUGGUGGUGGUUGUGCGUUCGCCCGCCGCUGGCCCGGCCGGCCCGGCGCGCUCGGCGCCCUGUGCCGAGGCACGCGGGAGCUCGGCCGCCGCGCCGACAUGAGAGCGGCCCGCCGGCUCCGGCCUCUCGUCCCGCUGCUGGCGCUCCGGAUACUUCUCGAGUACCUCAAGUCGCUCCACGUUGCAAUCUCCUCACUGAUUUGAGUUUAUCAUCACAGACUAUAACAUCCCCGUUUUAACGCAGUAAACAUAAACGCUUACUAUUUGUACAUCAAGAAUGCCAUGAACAAUGGAAUUCCAUUGUUGUACUAACGUCUAUUUGUAGAGGAAAUAUCUACGUAUUGCAAUUAUUAUUAGACGGCAAGGUACAUGCUUUAAUCCCAGGCUGAGAAUAAUGAAAAUUCUGAUCUAAAUAUUACGAUAAGAUAUUCAACAUGAGACUCUCAACCAGCGAAGAAGUUCCAAGCACGACAGUGGUGGGUCGCAUCAACAGCCCGGAUGUGGCCGACUCUGGCGCCUACGAUGUGACACGCAUGCGCGAGGAAGAGUUCGAAAGGCUCACAGUGUACAUAGUCCCGGAUGUCCCGUGUGAAAAAGGCACUCCCAACAGAGCUGAGAAGACACUCCCGCGCAGCUUGGCUCUACGACCAUCUGCAGUAUUAUCCACUCCCAACACACCGACUGAAGGUGUGUGGAGCAUAGGUGUGAUCCCUCGAGGUACCCGCUUCGGGCCAUUCGAAGGCUCUCGAACGCCAAACAAACCAAACGACAAAGUAUCCUGGCGAUAUUAUUGGAGGGUACAAGAAACUGUAAGACAUCAUACUUAUGGAAACAUUAAGAUAUUUAAAGACAGUGAUUACUAUUACCUGGACGGGUCGGACACGACCGUUGCCAAUUGGAUGCGGUACGUGGCGUCCGCGUACUCGCUCUCCGUCAUGAACCUAGUCGCGUGUCAGCAUCAGGAGCACAUAUACUUUUACACUAUCAGAGAUAUCAUGCCAAAUGAAGAGCUAAUGGUGUGGUAUUGUAAGGAUUUUGCGACAAGGUUGGGCUAUGAUAUUGAUCCCGAAAGAGCCACUUACUCAAUAUGUAAAGAAGAGACUAUUAAGAAAGCGUACGGCUUGCCACCUGCACCUGUGCACCCUGAAAUUGCUUUUAACCACAUGAAAUAUGUUCUUGGCUUGACAAAUGCCAAAGAAUUACUAGAGGUUGAAAUUCCCAGUCGUCGCCGAAAACGUGAAAUAAAUGACAAGUCGUUUCAUGACAACCAGAACAUAAUUAUCCGCGAAGAACCAAGAUGUAUCAGCAAAAAUGAGAGGACUGUCGUCAGGACAGAUAUUUCUACAAAUAUAAUACAAAGCAAAGCUGAAAAUCCCGUAAACGAACCAUCUCUCUCGCCAAAUAAUUUAAUACCCGUAAAGAUACAUCAUAGAGAAAAUCCCACUCUCAUCAUUCACCAACACAAAGAAAGCACUUCACAAUUGGUUAUACAUCAGUUAGAAAAUCCAAGGAUUCCUGGCAACAGAACUCCUGCUCAGAAUCAGCAUUUACGUGACAUGCGUGGGCCAUCACCAAUGGCUAGCCAUCCAGAAAAACUUGGAAACAAAUCCCCAUGUUUGAGUCACUGUGGUGGCCCGCCAUACGAACAUCAGUUAACUCCAAAUGACGGGUCGGUGCGGUCAGACGAAGGCUAUCACAGCAACGGCUAUCACGAUGAAUUUACUCCGCCUGAAGAUUCUAGUGAUUCUGACGGAGAUAACUACGUUUUGGAUUUCUCCAACAAAACUAAUGAACCCAAAGAAACAGUUAUAGUGCACAAAACGGAUCAGGAUAUGCAUCGCAAUGAGUACAGAAAAGUGAAAAUUAAAAUGCCUAGAGCGUAUCAAUACCAGAACCACAAAGACAUGGAUUGUGAGAAUGAAACUGGCUUAGUGAUUGCAGAAGAAGUUCCUAACACUAUACCACAGAAUUUAUCUCCACCAAGACGUGAUCCAGCCACAUCUACAGUGAUCGUACUUGAAUCAUCACAAAACACUGUGUUGCCAAUAAACAAACCGUUUUAUGAAGACGGGACAAUUUCGCCAUCACCUCAACCAGCGUUCAUGAGAUAUUCACCACCGGACACGAGAAUAUUAGAGACUAUCCUCACCGGAAACAGAAUAGACACUAACAAUAAUGAUCCCAACCGACGCCAGCCUAAUGCUACGCCACCACCUUCAUCUCCAACUGAAAUGGCCUAUUCUUAUAAGAAAAGUCAAAGGUACGGCAAUGCUUGCAGCCCCGACUCUAGUUCAAACUUGACUCCUCUGCCGUCGCUGCUACCAUUGCCCCAACAACUGCCGACACCUAACGCCCCUUCCGUAUAUUCUGCCUCUCCUCCACAUACCAUUCCCCACACUACCGAGAUUCGCGAGAUAAGGGAAAUAAGAGAAAUACGGGAAACAAGGUACGAGAGCCAUUAUCCAAAUUAUUCGUACAAUUUAUAUUCACCACCAAAUUCUACAAUCAUAACGCAGCUGGGUUCACCACCAAGCACGUAUUCCCCUACAAUAACUUCGUCACAUCAGUAUGAGAGGCCACAAAAUGGACAAAGUAAUCACCACUAUCCGUCUUCGUCGACCAGUGUCAUUACACUUAAGAAUUGUUCUCAGCUGAGUUUGAUUCAAAAUGCAAAUUUGAAUGGCCAAUUGGUUACUCAACACGGUAGCAUGAGUCCGGAUGACAGUUGUAGUUUAAUGGUGUCACCUAUUAGUCCAAACUCACAGACUUCGCGUGGAUAUCGGAGUUUACCUUAUCCCUUAAAGAAAAAAGAUGGCAAAAUGCAUUAUGAGUGCAAUGUGUGUUGUAAGACCUUUGGCCAAUUAUCCAAUUUAAAAGUUCAUUUGAGGACACAUUCUGGAGAACGUCCAUUCAAAUGUAACGUUUGCAAUAAAUCAUUCACUCAAUUGGCCCAUUUACAAAAACAUCAUUUAGUUCACACGGGAGAGAAACCACACCAAUGUGACAUAUGUAAAAAGCGAUUUUCAUCCACAUCAAAUUUGAAGACUCACUUACGAUUACAUUCAGGACAAAAACCAUACGCUUGCGAUUUAUGUAUGCAAAAAUUCACGCAAUUUGUCCAUCUGAAGCUCCAUAAACGACUCCACACCAAUGACAGGCCAUACGUGUGCCAAGGUUGUGAUAAAAAAUAUAUCAGCGCUUCGGGACUGCGCACGCACUGGAAAACCACUAGCUGUAAACCAAACAACAUAGAGGAAGUUUUAGCUAUCACCAAUGCUGCCAACACAGAAUGUAUCGGUAAUGUCGACAAAGACUGUCACGAAAGAGAGGGGCACGAGACCUAUGAGGUGCACUCCCCAUCGCAGGGAGGACUGGUGGGAGCCGGUGGGGCGCGAGUCUCGUUGCCUCACAGCGAUACACUACUCGGCGCUCACGCGCACUCCACGACGCCGCACCUGAUGACAGCGCACGGGCAGCUCUCGCCGGUGCAUGCUGUGCACGCACAGUACCGGCCGCUGCCGCCGCCGCCGCCCGACCACGAUCAGCAGCAGCAACAGCACUACGCCGCGCCCACCACCGAACCGCGACCGAGUGUCAUCGAGUCCAGUCAACCUCUCAUCAUAGAAUGCACUUGAACCGAACUGUCGGAGCCACAGCCGCGCGCCCGUGUGCCUGUGAGUUUCCCCGCCGCAAUAUGUGAUUCCAGUUUUGUGAUUAAGUGAAAGUUAUGUAUAUAAACUGUCAACGAGUAUUUUAACUCGCCCCUUCCAGUGGCUAUGAGAUUACGAUAGACAUUAAGAUGUACAGUUGUAAAAUAUCCUAGUAUUAAGCGCGAUGCGAUAUUACUAAGUACUAAGUACUUCAAUCAGUUUAAACUUCUUGGGAUGUGUAUAUAAAUAGUUUUUAAGUAUAUUAAGCAUUUUGAUAUAUUAUAAUAGCCAAGGUUUCAGCAAACUUUGUUUAGAGGUAUAAAUGCUCAAUUUUACACAUAAACUAGAACUGUAUAUAGACUUUUAUUACAUCGAUAUUAUAAAAUUUUCAAUUCAAGUCAGAACAUUAUAAAUGCGAGACAAAAAUGCACUUGAGCAAAUUAUUGCAUUAGCUUGGCAUCUUAUUUCGGAUAAUAAUAAUUAUCAACACAGAUUCAGUUACUAUUAUUUUCACCAAAGAAUGUGAGAACAGCUACAUACAAACUUCUACAGUGAUAUGAUGAAGCAACGUUACGAGUCAAUAAAAAGUGCUGUUCGUUAUAUCCGAAACAAAAAUCGAAUUUUAAAUAAAACUGUAUUAGUGGUAAGUGCCAAAAGCACGUUUAUAUUUAAUAAGUUAAUUUAAAAUAUUAUAUUCAAUAGUAUUUUUAAAUUGUUGUUCCUAAUGAAUAAUCGGAUGGUAAGCGCAUAUUAUGUGCAUUGACUUAACUGUAUUUGUAAUUUAGAAUUAAAUCGACAAAUCGUGUACAUUAUCCCUACGCUAGAACAAAUGGUGCUUCACAUCGUAGAGUAGUAGUGGCGAGCGGGUGCCGCGCGAGCGCCGUGCAGUGCAGUACGUGCCGAGCCGGUUCCUUACCACUAUUUACUGUAAUAAUAUUAAUUCACCGAGUAGUUACUAUUUUAUAUUCCCCAGUAAUUGUUAUUCUCCUAUUCGAAAAGGCUGAAAUAAUUAAAUGUAAUAUAAUGUUUGGCGAACAUUAAAUUUAAGUGUUGGUUUACAUGAUGUGUAGUGUUAUACUCAUGAUGUUGACCUCACUGAAAUUAGUUUUCAUUGUGAAUACUUAUUGUAUGAGUUAACCCUUACUUAAAAGUAGCAAAUACGUGAUGUAAACCAAACGAUAGCUUUUGUAUAUUUUUAUUGUUCAUAGUACGAUUUUUACACACAAUCUCUUGUAGAUUUAUCGUUACAUUUUAUACGAUACAGGGCUAAAUGUUUUUGUAAUCACAUUAAAUUAUUGAUUUUUUAGAAAUACAAUAAGAAAAAGAAACAUCAUAAGUCUGCGAAUACUAGAUAACUAUUCAGUUUCUUUGAAAACAGUUUUUAAAAGUUAAACGAAUUUUAAUUAUCCUUGUAUGUAGCUCGUCAGUCUUUGAUAAAAAUCGUACAUAUUAUUACUAUUAUAAUAAGAAUUUAAACAUUCAUCGAGUGUAAAACAAAAAUUACCGAUGAAUGUAGAAAAUUGGACAAAAUAAUAUAUUUUGGUGUUAUCCUAAUAAGAUAAUUGAAGAGCCAGUGCAGACAUGGGGGCAGCCGCGUGGUGCUUGUUUUAAUGACCAUUACACUAUUCGGUCACACUCGUUUGCGACCCAUCAUAAUAUACAACUUUAGUAACAUCUCACGCUUCCCGUCCUGUCUGAACUGAUGCUGAUUCGCAGUGUUACAGAUUUUGAACAUUAGAGACAACUCUGGCAAUCGUUUACAUAUUAGCGUAAAAAAAACACAAAUAUGAUUCGCACGUGAAUGUUUAACAGAUCUUCCUGCGCACCGUUCAGCUGAAGUACCUGGAAUUGUGUUCACUCAUACCUGUACACUUUCGGUACAGGGUAUAAUUUUCAAUAUCGCUACUAUCUAAAUACUUUAUUAAAUCUGCAUACGUUAUUUUGUAUUAUAAAGGUAAUCAUUAACACAGGGUUUACAAAUAUGUGUACCUUUUUAACAAAAGGAUUUAUAUCUGAAGGAUAUUGAGGUGAAACAACGUUUUUUAAUUAUUUUCAAUGUUUCAAAUGAUGUAUGUUUAUAAUAAUCAUAAUUUAUUUACAGAAUACAAUAAUAACAUUUCCUAUUUCAAACAUUCAAUCUUUAUAACAAACACAGUAUCGCAAAUAUAAAUGGAACUGUAAUAUCAUUUAAAAGCGUUGUAAAAGCUGCUCACCUUCGGAUGUAAAGUAGAGAAAAUUCUAAAUGUGAAUAACAUUUUGUAUCGUAUUCACUUUUGUUGAAAGUUUUUUCUGUAAUAUUUUACUUAUAGUAUAGAGGUGCCGUUAAUAUUUUAGACAUUUUUGAUGGAUGACAGAGAACAGUUUUAUAUGGAAUGAUAACUUAUGUAUUAUAAUUUUUUAACAAAAUGUAUUAAGACCUUUAAAUCUCGCCAUUCUUAAUAGAAACCAAAUCUUAUAUAUUUUUGUUACAUUCUAUAUUUAUACGUUUAAUAACAUUAUUAUGUAUUAUUAAGAUGUAGUUGAAAUCGCACGAAAACUUUUAACGAGUCUACGUAGCUGAUAAUAAUAAAUAUAUAACGUUAGAUACACUGAAACUAUAACGUUUUCUCUUGUUUGCUAAACGACACACAUUCAUUUGGUAAAGAUGCGCAGACAGGUACUAAGCUUCAAUUAUUGUAAAUAGUUCUUUGCGAACGACGCUUCUUAUUGGAUUUACUUGAAAUUCGUUAAUUAUAAAAUAGCGUACUAUUUUGUACCUACCUACAUAAAAGUGCAUAAUAUAAUAUUCGUGUAAAAACGUUACAUCACCUAACAAUUAGGGAUUAAACUAUUCAUAAGUACAAUACCUUACCCAUGAUACGGCAAUGUAAGCAAUAUUAUCAUAAUGUGUAAUAAAUUUCAAUAUUGUAUGAAUAUUAAUGGACUCGCAUACAUGACAAGAGCAUCUAAUAUUUUAACUACUUAAUACGCCAGAAACAUUCGUAUCCGAACUCUAUUUAAAGCCAUGUAAUUUUGUACACCAUGACCGAUUAUUUUGCAACACCAAAUCCAUUAAAACAGGAAUAAAAAUUA